AUGACUGGCCGAACGAGAUCAUCGGGCAGACGGAGUGCAACUCCAGGGCCGUCUAAUGCUGGACAAUCUCAAACUCAACAAUCUACAUCGACACCCGGUACCGGUACAAAGAGACGGGCUUCAUCGGCAAGAGGAAACAAGUCCAAACGCGCCAGGACCACUGCAACGGCUUCGAAGCGGUCAAAAAGCCGAAAGGGAAAAGGCAGGGCCACCAGUGACGACGAGGGCGACUCCGGCGACAGCGACAACGAGGACAACAACGACGACGACGACGACGACGACGACGACAACGACAACGGCAAAAAGACCAACAAGAAGAAGCUCCAAAAGGGACAGGUGGUGGACACCGAACUUGCGGAUCAGCGAGCUGCUGUAAAGACAGAGCAGGGCAUUAACGACUUAACCUGCGACUUUUGCAAGAGUAAUCCUCCUGAUCUGGACGACGAUACCGGUUGUAAUAGAGAAGUUAGAGACGGGUACGUGUUUGAAUGCCAGAGAUGCGCCGACCACCGAUUCCUAUCAGGGGAUCCGGACCACGUCUGCGUUCGUACCGGUCAAGAUGACCAUCUCGAAGUCUUCAAACGCUACUCGACUGGCCAUCCCCUCGACUUUCCAACACCUGUCUCCUGCGAGGAGUGUCAAGGAUCCAGCCGUUGUGACGCUGACCCCUUCCUACAGCUGAAAUGCACAGCAUGUAUGAAGACGAAAUCCCGCGUCCCAGUAGUUUGCAAUGUCAAGGCCACCACCACCGACAUGGGCUGGGGUCUCCAUGCCGUCAGGAGGAUGGGUCAAAAGCCAAAUCUGCAAAAGGGCAAACUGAAAUGGUUCCGACGCGAGUGUGACAUCUGCAGAAACCUGCCCAACAAGAGGAACGGUUCCGUGUGCAGCUGGCUCGACACUCGCGAUACUUCACAGCCUUGUCAACAGUGCGCAGGAGGCCGGAUGUCUUGCAUGACGGGCGGUAUGCUCGUGGGAAACCAUCCCAACCCUCUGGAAAUGCCCACCAAGUGGACGACCACGGGCGAGCUCGGCGGAGGAUGGCUGGACCUACGAGGAGAGAGCAACAUCUUCAGGACGCAGUGCAAGCAAUGCAGCCUCCAGAAGCGUCACUGCCGAGCAUCCGCAAAGUACGCCGAGUACGCCUGCAACUGGUGCUGGCAGACAGGCAUGGUCUGCCGGGACAAGGACAACCCAAACACCAUCUACCCGUUGUUCGACCUGAGCAGAGUCGGCAUCGGAAACUUCUGUCCCUUUGCCAAAUGCUCCCAGUGCGAGGCCAAGGGGAGGAACUGCGAUCGCCAACGACCCUGCGACUCCUGCUUCUACAACGGCGAGGCGGACAAGUGCGAUACGUGGCAGGUCGGCGCGGAACGCACUCUGAAUUGCUUGGAUCGUAGAAUCAACGAAGACGACGAGCAGCCCGGGCCCUUGUACUACCUGAGCUUGGGGUACGGAGCGGACGGUGUGAACGAUGAAAAGGACGGAACGCAGAUCGAGCACUACAUUGGCCCGCCGUUUGCACGGUACGCGUUUCGUCCGGAGAAGGACGACGUGCUCGAAUUUUCCAGACAGACUAAACAGAGCAUCGUGGCCGGUGUGCAGACGAUGAGGAAGGCGUUGGUGGCGAGCGGUGUUCCUCCGCUUGGAGCUCCUGGGUGUGAACUUGCAGGUUUGAAUGUGAACGAUAUCACGGUCAAGCAGCUCAGAGACUGGAUGACGGUCCGUUGGCCCAAUUGGAUUCAGCAGUGCAAUAAGCCGGACUAUCUGACACACAAGGCUGAUGAAAUGCCUUCGAGGCCGUACAGAGAACACUUGGACGGGCGGUCAACGACCAGAACUAGAAGACAGUCGAACAGAGUUGUAGAGCUGAAUGAUGACGAUGAGGAGGACGAGGACGAGGACGUGGACGCAGAGGGAGAGGAGGAGGGGCCAGAUGAUGAAGUAGAGGAAGAGAACGACCGCAACAACACGGGUGGACGUGGUGAUGGUUUCCAUGGCCAAAAUAGGCGUUCCGGCAACACAUCCGCCCGUCAAUCAAGUCAUCCGUUUGCCACGGGAAGCAACGCUGGUCAGAGUAACAGGCUCGACAUGGCUCCUCCUCCUGCUGGAGGUUCGUCUGCGUAUGCAUAUGGUGGUGGUGGCUUGGCAAACGACAAUGUCGAGAACAUGGGUAACAUGAUGAGGUAUUCGGGAUACCAAACACGCCAUCCAGCCAACGGGCCCGCUGCAAUGGAACAAACGCCCAGACAAACGCAUACGCUCGUGAAUCUGUCAAACACGACUUCCGGUGUCAUUCACCCUUCACAGCUGAUGUCGCACCCACAGCCGCAGCCGCAGCCGCAGCAACAAACGAUGAGCUUCCCUCCAUAUCCCUAUAAUAACGGCGAUGGUGUUCUCUCCAGUUUCACCUUCGUUCCACCGUCUCUCUUUAUCCCCCAAUUCUGGCCUCCCAGCCCAAGCUUCCCAGUUGGAGGCAACGUGAUUCAGUACCAAGCUACCCGCUGGAGACAGAACAACAUGUAUGCGCCAAACCCAUUCGAACUGGCGGCCAGAGACAGAGAAAUGGCCGACUAUGUGGAAAACUUAGCCCUAUCCACAUCAUCCGGGAUUAACAUCGGCCUCUUCAGUGUUGUCAACGGCUCUCUCCUCCGUCAAACCCCCAUUGUUCCAGUUUUGAGCAGGAUUCCUUCCCAAGUCAUCAGUCACCCUGGCAUUGGCGGGAACCAGUGCCUGGAUAGGACAGCAAUCUGCAAUGAAUCCCUAGGCGUCGCAAUUUGUCAAGGGACACACGCUCACGGAACCUCCGAGAUCGUUUGUAGUCCUUGCGAACAGGAUAACAGAAACCUCCUGGUGACCGGCCCCGACCAGAUUACGAGGCGCGAUCUCAUCUCCAUGCGUGCCUACUUUUGCACACCUUGCCACGGUCGCCUAACUGGGAGCCCACAAACCCUCGGAGCUAUGCAUAAGCUGGGUGUAAGCCAAGUCUGGGGAUGCCAGUUCACGGGAGGCGCCAAUAUUUCCGGAGCCUUGAGCAUAAACGGCCGACAGUUAACGCUCAACGAAUCCACUCACCCCGUCACAGGAUGCCUUUGUGGUGAAAAGAUAUUUCGCUCGUACAUGUGCCGGGAUGAUCGAUUCCAUUUUGCACGCCUGGCCCUAUAUCAAGCCAGCAGGGUGAAUGGCUGGCGAGAAGCCCAGGGAGAGGCAGGUCUAUGCCCGGGCUGCCUUAUGCAGGUACCCGUGGCUGAGGCUGGGCACUCACCGUCAAAUAGUGAGCUCGCCCACGUGCCUGCUGAUUCACAAGAAACGGUGUCGUGGGCUUGUCUUGUGUGCGGUGACCUGGUUCUCAACCAGCUAAAGAAACACCCAGAGGUCGGUGGUGGUUGGCUCAAAUGGUUCACGACGAGGGUAUCUGACUGGGGCCCUGAUUCAAGCAUGCUCGUUGACCCAAGCUUGUGA